GUCAAUGUAAUUCAGUCACAUUAAACCGACAAGAAAAAUAAAAGUGAAUAAUUGAACGUGUCUUAGAAUAUAAUGCAGUCAACUGACAAGUGAUAUAUUAUACCAGUGAUCAGACAUCGCGUGCAAAUACAAAUCAAUAGAGUGUAUGAUUAUAAAUUGGAUAAGAAUUGUAUAUGAACAAGAAAUGAAACCCUAGAAAAUUUUCAAACUCUCUCUCUUUGUCUCUGAUCGAUAAAAUAAAAUAUUUUUUUUUAUCAAACAUCAGCAAUAAAAACCUAGCAUCUCGAUUACUCGAUAAUGUAUGAGAAUCAUCGAGUACAUCGAGGGUGUAAAAAAUCCACAGCAACGAAAGCCCAAAGUUCAUCAUUACAAUUAAUCAGCAAUUAUCUUGACAAAGACAAUUCAUCGAUUACAUUGUGACAAAACUAACAAGUGAAAGGAAAAUUCAUUUAUCGGUGUAACAAAUAGCAAAACAAAAACUAAAUCGUUUAUAUCUUAUGGGUAAAAAAUAUAGACGCCGCGGGAAAUGAUGCGCCAGGGUAAAACUGUGAACGGCGUCGGCGCGUGGGCAAACGAGUACGUGUGUGACGUCUUGGGUAAGUCGCGUUGGGCGCUGGAGGAGUGUUAAGAACAGUCCGAGGACAUACACUUGUAUAUUUUUUUUUUCUCCCCUGUGGUGUUAAUCAAAUAGUGGUAGUGGUAAAGAAGCUUGCUUUUGAGUGAUAGUGAUUUUAUUUUUCCUUUGAAUAUAAUGAUAUAUUAAUCAGUCAUUGCGCGGGUUAAUAGUCUUGCAGUAGUUGGGGGGCUGUGUGAGCCCACAAAAAUCUAUGAAAAACAUCUACAGGCAAAUAAUAAGGAUUGAAUCCAAUGUCGAUUGACAAGAAAUAAAAGAUCAGAGAGUGGGUAAAAAGGGUGGAUGGAGAGCCGUUUAUAAACAUAAAAAAGGGGACGAAAAAAAAAAGUCAAUAUGAAUAGCGAGAAUAAAAAAAAAUGUACAGAUGAAGUGAGUAAUGAGUGAGAAAGAAUAAGGGAAAAAGAGGAAACAAAGUGAGCGUGCGCGCGCGCGCGCGCAAGCAAAUGUCCUUCGGGGUGGCCGGAGAGCUUUCGCAAGCUCGGUGAGAGCGGCAGAGGGGGAGAGGAGGUUUAUCGUGAUUGUGCGCCCCCUUUAAUUGAGCAUAGCACUAGGAGGAGAGCAGCACCAGCGAUAGCAGCAGCCGCAGCAGCAGCAGCAGCAGCAGCAGCAUUGGAGCAAGUGCGCUGCUUGGGUAUUGUUGAGGAAGCGCUCAUCAGUGCUGGUGAAGAGCAACCAAUGCAACAAGUCACCAAUUAUAAUACAUACUGAGAUACGCUCGGUAUAACGGAUGCGCGUACCGUGUCAUAAUAAUCCCACAACUUUAUUGAUAAAGUUGAAAUAAUAAUAGUAAUAAAUUCAGCAAUGAUUUGAAUGAUAUUGCUGAUCGCAAAUGUAAAAAGCGUCAACGACGACUAAAACUAAAAUAGUUAUGCUCAGCUGUGCAGUGAGAGGGAUAAGGCGAGCUUACGGAAAUGCGCCUUAGGCACGUUGAACUCGUUAAACGGGAGUGCCACUGGCCUCGAUAUGUACGCGUACGGUUUCGAGAUAACAUAGUCAUGUAAUGUUGUCACGCGGCGCACCCUGCGUAGCUUCACGGUGAAAAUCUGGCGUGAACGGCGCCGCGGUGGAACGGGGAACAUGGCGUCGGUCUCGACCGAGACACCGGUCAGCCACGGGCACAGCUUUCGACAGAAAACAUUUCACAAGCCUACGUACUGCCAUAGCUGCACCGACCUGCUCUGGGGCAUCAUAGGGCAGGGCUACAUCUGCGAAGUUUGCAACUUCGUGGUGCACGAACGCUGUCUCAAGGCCGUCGUGUCUCCCUGCUCCAGCAUCGCGGCAAGCCUCAUUAAGAAUCCGGUUGCACAUUGUUGGUCCGAACCGGUGCAUCACAAGAAAAAAUUUUGCAAUGUCUGUCGAAAACGUCUCGAGGAUACAUCUCCGUCCGUACACUGUGAGAUUUGCGAAUACUAUGUGCACACGGACUGUCAGGACUUUGCUGUUGCCGACUGUAAAGAGAAUGCUACGUACCUACCAGGGAAGGACUUGGCGUCGGUGAAGCAUACACAUCACUGGCGUGAAGGCAAUCUACCGAAUAAUUCAAAAUGCGCCGUUUGCAAAAAAAGUUGUUUCUCCGCAGAGUGCCUGGCUGGAUUUCGCUGCGAGUGGUGUGGCAUGACGUCGCAUCCUUGGUGUCAGAAGAGCAAGUUAAUGCGUCAAGAAUGUACAUUUGGCAAUUUGGAGCCAAUUUAUCUGCCACCGUAUGCAAUCAGUAUACCACGUACAGAAGUACCAAUGGAAGCAAUAAUUGGUGUACAAGUUCGCCGAAAAGAUAUUCUCACUCCACGCAGUAUAUCCGAGGAAUUCAGCAGCGGUGACACGAGGAAUCGAGAUAAUGAUGAGCCGACACAGUCAAGUAGUGCACACAGCAAAGAUCCGAGAUCUCCUAAAGAGAAGGAUGAUAAGGAAAGGGGCGAUGAAGAAAUGAUUAAAGUGUACGAUGGUAAUAUGUCUCUCAAGCAUAAAAUAUUCCGGGUUAUAUCGGUGUCCCGAUUAGCAACCACUGAGCAGGUUCUCACGUCAGCUCUUAGGGCGUUUCACAUUACAAAAGUACAUCCAAGUCUUUUUUAUCUCACCGAUUUGUAUGCCACCGAAGAGACACCACUAUGUGAUCCAAACCCAGUGUUAAAUUUAACUCGAAGAGAAGGUAAACGUCGUGCGGUAUUUUUGAGAUACAAGGAUGAGGAGUGCGGUGAAGUUCGGGUAUAUCCCGGUAAACUUCAGAUAGCGGAUCCAUUCUGUAUAAUUCCAGUUAAUGAUUCAACAACCGUAGCGGAUCUUAUUCAAGAGGCACUUCUACGAUUUGGUGUGAAGGACUUUAAUUGUGAGGAUUAUCGGUGCAGCGAAAUACUUUUAGAUCGUGGUGUAUCGGAAAAAGUAUUGGAACUUACGGAAAAACCAUGGGAUGCUGUCAAACAACUUGGCAAAGAUUCCAUUAGGCAGAUGGAACUCAUGAGAUUUUAUUUGCAAUUGAAACAGGAUCCACACGGCCCUAAUUUAGCCCUUUUUGUUGGUAAUCUGCCAGCAAAUGAGAAUGAAAAAAAUUAUGAAAAUAUACUCAUUGAAUUGUUGGGCCAAGAAAAUAAAUUCUCGUCGAUUGGACCGAUAUAUUACGAGUAUGGAUCCAUGGUAAUUAUAUAUGAAGAUGCUAAUAAAGCAGUAAGAGCAUUGUACCUGUUGCGAGAGUCACAGUAUGAGGAUAAACAUCUGUUAGUUAUGCUAUUGCCGAGUAUUGAACCGAGCAUGAUACCUCCGGGUGUACAGCCACUUCUUGUAUUUGUCAAUGUUAAAUCAGGUGGAUGCCAGGGAUUAGAGUUAAUUUCGAGUUUUCGUAAACUAUUAAAUCCCUAUCAAGUGUUUGACUUGGAUAAUGGUGGUCCACUACCUGGGUUGUACGUUUUUCGUCAUAUAAGACACUAUAAGAUAUUAGUUUGUGGUGGGGAUGGAACGAUAGGAUGGGUCUUGCAGUGCUUGGACAAUGUUGGUCAAGACAGUGAAUGUUCAUCGCCAGCAUGUGCUAUUGUGCCACUUGGCACAGGCAAUGAUCUCGCUCGUGUCCUUUGUUGGGGACCUGGCUAUACUGGUGGUGAGGAUCCCCUAAAUUUAUUGCGCGAUGUUAUUGAUGCUGAUGAAAUAAGACUCGACAGAUGGACAGUGGUUUUUCAUCCUCAAGCGGAGCAAGACGAUACUGGUGGAGCCGGAUCGAGUGAAGAUAAUUCUCAAAUAUUUGUCAUGAACAAUUACUUUGGCAUUGGUAUUGAUGCCGAUUUAUGUCUGGACUUUCACAAUGCCAGAGAAGAAAAUCCAAAUAAAUUCAAUAGUCGAUUGCGUAACAAAUCCGUAUAUGUUAAAAUGGGACUGAAGAAAAUGGUUGGACGAACCUGCAGAGAUUUGCAGAGAAAAAUACGUCUUGAGGUGGACGGUAAACUUGUUGAUUUACCACAAUUGGAGGGUAUUAUUAUACUCAAUAUAUUGAGCUGGGGCUCUGGUGCAAAACCAUGGGGAGACGAUAGAGAGGAACAAUUUCACAAGCCAAACCACUACGAUGGUAUGCUCGAGGUUGUGGGUGUCACCGGUGUUGCACACUUGGGUCAAAUACAAUCGGGAUUUCGUACCGCCAUGAGAAUAGCACAGGGAGGACAUAUAAAAAUUCACCUGAAUUCUGACAUACCAGUACAAGUGGAUGGUGAACCAUGGGUGCAAAGUCCUGGUGAUGUUGUUGUCCUUAAAUCUGCAUUGAAGGCCACGAUGCUGAAGAAGACCAAGGUUAAAAUGAAGCGACGAAAUACAGAGCCGAGCAUGCAACUAGCACUGCAAGCAGCUGCAUUGAAUGAUCCAGAUGCUGAGGUUUUCUGAGUGACAACAGGCAGAGAAUAAUGAAUAUAUGAGCCAAUACCGACGGCAAAUCGUCCAAUCUCAAAUGAAGUUUUGUCAAUUUCCAACUACACAUGGUGGAGAAAAUCACAAUAUUCUCUUAUUUAAAGAUAUCCAAGUGGGACGGUACCUACUGUCAUCCAAUGGAUGACAAAAAGCCACGUAUUCUACAUCACUGAGAUUCAUUGAAUUGAAGAAUAUAUCAAUUGUCAUUGGGUGAUAUGAUGAAAAUACUAUUGAACAUUUCUCAGAUUGGAAUUUUCAUUAAAUUUCGCCGCCUCAAUUUGAUUUAUUUUAUUUUUGUAAAAAUUGUCUGUAUAGCAAAUCGAUUUUAACUUUUCAACAAAUAGCUGCUAUUUUGCAUUGACAUAUUUGAUCGAAUAAAUUAAACCAAAAUAUAAUAUUGAAAACAGAUGAUUUUGAUAUUUUCUAGAUUAAAAAAGUUGAAAAAUGUAAUGCUUAGAACAUUAUUCCACUUGUUGAUCAAUUCAACUCCCUGGCAACUGAUUAUUCGCCACUGAAAAAUGACAAUAGUAUUUGAAAUGUUUAAAGAAUAUAAUAAGAGGAAACAAAAAUUCACAAAAAUGUGAAUGUCAAUAAAAUAAUAUUUUUAAAAAUGGCAAAUUGAUUAAGAAUUUUUUCAAGCAAAAAGUUGACAAAUUCAGUAAGAAUAGUAGCCACUUCCCUUCAGUGUUGAUGGGGGGAUUUUUUUGAAAUAAUUAUCAUUUUGUCUUAUUCAUCAUAUAUCGCAAUAUUACUGUAACAUGAAUGAAUAUUUUUUUAAACGACACUCGAAAGAUUGCCGCAUAAAAAGCCGAUAUCAAACAAUUGGUAUAAUUCAAAAUAAAAUCUGUUCAGACUUUACUACUCAGUGAGAAAGUAACAAUCGUCGCGGUGUAUACGCCGAUGAUAAUGCUUAUAAUGUUUCCUCUUUGUUUUGCAUUUAGGUUCAUAUUAUUUUGUUACUUUAUAGAGAAAAUAUUUAUGAAAAAAAAAAUAAAUAAAUAAAAAGCGAAUGAAGAACCUGUAAACUGUAAUGCACAUUACGUUUCGUAUGGUAUUUUACCAGUAAAAAAAUAUCUACAGAAAAAACUCGUGAUAUAUAUCGCGUAUCAUGAUAUAAAGAAAAAAGGAAAAAAAGAAAGGCAUCAAGUCGGUUGUUAUUGAUAUAUUAUUAUACAAAAAUAUUGACGAUUAAAUAUUAAUAUAUUUACAUACUAUUGUAUUAGUAUUACCUUUUUAAUUUGUCAUUGUUGUCAAAUCUGACUGCCGGGCAGUCUGGAAUUUACCAUAAUGAAAGAAAAAAGGAAAAUACAACCAGUCGCAGUCAGUUUUACUAAUGAACAAAUUCACGAAAAGUAAUUUCCGUAGAGAGGAAGAACACAUAUGAUGGACGAUGAAAGAUGAACGACCGCGGGCACGGCAUCUUUGCCAAUUCGUCUCUCGAUUUUGCCGAAAUGAAAUUUUUAAUUGAAAAUUGAAAAAACAAAAAUCAAUUAAUGAGUCAUGAGGUGGGUUGGCAAUGCCAAAACUAUUAAUUUAAUUGAAUUUAAAUUAAAAAAUGAAGAUAAAAGAAAAACAAUGAUAAUAGAAAUUCAGUUGGUCUCGAGCAAACUCUACCUAUAUGCGUAAGUUUGUUCGAGUCCCCUUGUUAGAAGAAACUUGAUACGGUGGUAAUAUGGAUAUGAUAAAAAAAUUUUUAAAAUAAAUAAAAAUGCCAAAAAGGUGAAAAUAAAAGACAAGGGUUUCAACGAGUCCACUCAUUCUAGUAAAUGAAAUGUUUCAUAAUAAUAAUUAUGAGACAUUAGUACGACUGAACUAAUGUGAAAUAUUACCCCAGGGUGAAUCUGCGGCACAGACACUUGUGAGUCAACCACAGAUUUUGAGGCACCAUUUGAGACUGUUUUGCGCGUCCAAGAUGUUGAAUUGGGGGGAAAAAAUGAAUAAAAAGAGAAUAAAAUGACAUUAUUUGAAAGAAUCUCCAGGCGACGGUUUUGUUUUGGCUGCAAUUGGAAUGCGUGUGGAUAUGUGUAUUUGGCAUCAUUAUUUGAUUCUAUGGGACAAUUAUCGGUGCCAAAAAAGAUGUACAUAACAAUAUUAUAAAAGAAAAAAAUAUGUAGAUUUGUAAGGUAUGCAGAGAGUGAGGAAUGAAUGAUCUUUGAAUUGAUAAAUAUUUGUUUUUGUUGGAUUUAAACUGCUGGGUGUUAGGAGUCAUCUACACGCGUCGAAUGUCGCAUGUUAACAAUGUUUAUUAUUCACUUCAGUGAUAAAGGGACUCAAGUGGGCUGUGUUGCGACGCUUGGGCCAACAAAAGUGAAAACAAGGUAAAAGUGAGUGCAAAGAGAACAAUUAUGCCUUCGUUAUAUGGGAGUGUGAACAAGAGAGAACGAGAGAGAGA